AUGGCCUCUCUUCACACUGUUGUCUCUGAUAUGACUUCUACUUUUAACAAACAAAUGGAAGACUUCCGGAAACAGCUUCAGGGUAUAUCUACAACUACUAAAGACCCAUCUGCUAAACUAGCGACUGAGUUUGAGUCUUUCCGAUUGUUUGUCUUAGACUCACUACAGGCCCUGCAAAGCCAAGUAAGUGCACUCAUGAAUAUCAGUGAUGAUCAGGAAAUGCGUUCCAGACACAAGAUGGUUCUCUUUCAUGGCAUUGCUGAAGAUGACAACAAUAACCCUAUUGGGGAAGUUUUGCAAAUUGUUUCCAAGAAGCUUCAUUUGCCUAACAUCAAUGAGGAGGCAAUAAGUCGAUGCCAGCGACUAGGCAAAAAGCUGACUGGCUCAAAAGCUCGUCCAAUAAUUGUUAAAUUCCGUGACAUGCAAGUUAAGGAGAAUAUAUGGAAAGCCAAAACUAAUCUCAAAGCUAGCGGUGUGACUGUAUCUGAGUUUUUGACAAAGAGGCGUCACUCCAUCUUUCUACAGGCUAGAAAACAGUUUGGCUUGAACAAUUGCUGGACUAAGAAUGGAGCAAUAUAUAUUCUCGACUCUGCGGGAAAGCGACACCGAAUUACGUGCGAAAAUGAUCUUCACGACGUCACCCCAGUUGAUGUUUCUACCGGACCUGAAAUUAACAAAAGUAAUCCUGGACCCAGUGAAGAUCACGAUGCCGGUGUAACCACAAGGCCGAAACGAAUUAACUCCAAAGCCAAACGUUAA